AUGUCGUCUGCUGCUACAGCCGGGGUAGACCACGAGAAACAAUUUCAUACUACUUCUCUGAUACUGUCGACCUUCCACAACGACAAAGUCGAUGUGCCUACAUUAAUCUGGUUUAAUCAAAAUGCAGACACACAUGAAACCGAUAUACAACAUACAAAAGAAAAAUUAUUAGAAAUAAAUGAUCAUGUUUUAUUUUUUAAUUCCAAAGAUCAAUGUCUCGACUACAUAAAGUCAACUAUAAACGAAAGAGUUCUUCUGGUCAUGAGUGGCCCUGCGUCAUUCGAUCUCCUGCCUGAAAUUUAUCCUUUGAAACAAGUUGAUUCUAUAUUUAUAUUUUGUAUAAAUGCCGAAAAUUAUGAACCCUUGUUGAAUGAAUAUUCGCAAAAAGUAAUUGGAAUCUAUACUACGAGAAUACAGUUGACAGAAGCAAUAGAAGAAGUUUUAAGAUUGCUUCGACAGCAACUUCAAGCUUGGCUAUUAUUUGAUGAACAGAAACAAAAAUCAACAAGAAAUAUUGGCAUGGAAUCUUUAGCUUAUUUAUACCAAUUUCAUUUGAAAAAGAAACUCAUUUUGAAGUUUACGACACAGAAUGCAAGACAAUUGAUGAUUGAUCGAUGUAAAGAUUAUUAUAGAGGAAAUGAAAAAGAACUGAAAAACAUUCAAGAAUUUGAGUUAACUUAUCGAUCUGAUCAAGCGAUCAUUUGGUAUACCCGCCAAUGUUUCAUAUAUAAAAUGGUUAAUAAAGCAUUAAGAAUUCAAGAUUUAGAGGCAUUGUACAUAUUUCGAUAUUUUAUUCGAGAUCUAUCUCGAGCAUUGAGGCGUCGGUAUAAUAAACAGAAUCUAAAAGCUCCAUUAAAGCUCUAUCGGGGUUUAAAACUCUGUCAAGAUGAAUUUCAAAUGUUAAAACAACGUCAAUCAAUUUCAACAAACGGGUUUCUAUCAACAAGUCGAUCAAAAGAAGUAGCUGUAAAAUUCGCUUCCAAGAUGCCAUCAACACCAAACCCUGAUCAUCAGACAAAACAUGAAAGAUGUCAAAUUGAACCAAUCAUGAUGGAAAUUUUAGUUAAUACUGCAAGUUGCCAUACAGCCGUGUUGGCUGAUAUUUCAGACUUGAGUGUAUAUCCACAAGAACAGGAAGUUCUUUUUGAUUUAGAUUCAACAUUUAGGAUUGAAAAAUUAAUUAAGGAAACAGAUGCACAUUAUUGGACAUUGAAAUUAUGUGCAACAAAUGAAGGCACAAAACAAGUUAUUCUAAACAGUUUUAAACGUCUUCUAUGGGAUUGA